GUGGUUGCUGUGUGGACCAGCUGCUGUGGUGUCAGUCAGACUGCGGCGCGCGGGGACAUGAGUCUGUUCGACCUGUUCAGGAGGUUCUUUGAACCCGGGGGCAGGAGGGACCCAUUUUUUGGGGGAAUGACUCUUGACGAGGAUGAUGAGGACGACGAUGAUGAUGAUGAUGAAGAGAACUCGGGGUACCCCUUUGGCCGGCCCCCUGCAUUUGAUUUCGGCUUCUCUUUUGGCCAGAGCCCCUUCCACCGCAUGUUUGGUUUGGAUGAAUUUUUCAGGGAUUUUGACGAACUCUUUACAGAUUUAGGCUCAAUAAACCGACAAAUUCCCGAGCUACCUGGCAUUGAUCCGCCACCUCAGAGGAGGGAUCGGGGGGCAAGUACACUAAGGGACUUCAUGCUGAAAUCCCCCGACUCUCACCUGCCGAGAGGCCGGGAUCUGUACUCCCGGGACCCGACUUCUCCAGAAGGCCCCAGGCAGCCAAGGAUACCAUGGCAGGAAGAUGAGGCCAUUAGAAUUCCGCAAGGUGACCCCAGACAAGACAGAGAUCUGGAUUCAGAAGUGUCCUCCAAGGGCCUCGAUGCCAUCCUUACCCCAGCAGAACCAAGGGCUCCCUCCUUCUUCCAGAGUGUGUCUGUCUCCAGAGUGACAAGGCCAGAUGGGACCAUAGAAGAGAGAAGGACGGUGAGGGACGGCCGCGGUAACGCAACCACCACAGUGACGGUCCGGAGAGGGGACCAGAUCAUCAGUAGCUCUACAGAGGAUCCUACGCAUGGAACUAUCACUGGAGUCCAGCCAGAUGCCAGCCGGGGCCCACCGCAAGAUCCCUUAGAUCUGUCCGAUUCCCAGACGAUCCUGCGCAGGAUUCUGCAGAGGUGGUUCUCCCAGUGAUCGUGAUAACGCGCCCUCCCAGCCUUUUCCCGAUUCCUCCUCCUCAGUGGACCUGGAGCUCUGUGUAACGGAUACACUGAAAUAAAUUCUCACUUCCACCCAGAAA